AAUUGUCCGUCUCGCGAGCCGUCAUGGCUGAAUCAUUGUGAGUGGCUCUCUCAGGAAACAAACUGAUAACAAAUGACGCCUCGCGUCAUGAUUCAUUAAGUGAUUGAGAGGAAUCGCGGUGUCCGUGUUAGCCGCGGUAGAGCAGUGUCGCCUGAUCGAGAGCUCGAGCCCUGCGUGAGAUCCGGCCAGAGUAUCGGUCCAUAUCGGUCUGGCGGUCCUGUUCGCCGACAGCUCGAUGCAGAGGCCACACGAGGAGGAGACGUGAUACGGGAAAAACGGUGUCUCGUGCGUGCGCGGUGGCGUGGCCGCCGCGCGUCCGUGCCAGAGCACAAUGAACGGCCUGAGCCUGAGUGAACUGUGUUGCUUGUUCUGCUGCCCGCCCUGCCCAUCUAGGAUCGCGGACAAGCUGGCGUUCCUGCCGCCCGAGCCCACGUACACGUUCGUCGAGGACGAGGGCUCCAAGUUCUCCAUCUCGCUGACCGAGCGCGCCGAGUGGCAGUACACCGAGCGCGAGAAGGAGUCGGUGGAGGGCUUCUACGCGAGGACCUCGCGCGGCAACCGGAUCGCAUGUCUCUUCGUCCGCUGCUCGGCGACCGCGCGCUUCACCAUCCUCUUCUCGCACGGCAACGCCGUCGACCUCGGCCAGAUGUCGAGCUUCUACCUGGGACUCGGCUCGCGCAUCAACUGCAACAUAUUCAGCUACGACUACUCGGGCUACGGGGUGUCGGGCGGCAAGCCGUCCGAGAAGAACCUCUACGCGGACAUCGACGCCGCGUGGCACGCGCUACGCACGCGCUAUGGUAUCAGCCCGGAGAACAUAAUACUCUAUGGACAGAGCAUCGGUACCGUGCCCACGGUCGACCUCGCUGCCCGAUAUGAGGUCGGUGCAGUCGUAUUGCACUCGCCGCUCAUGUCCGGCAUGCGGGUCGCCUUCCCCAAGACAAAGAGGACUUGGUUUUUUGAUGCUUUCACCAGUAUAGAUAAAGUACCGAAGGUAACAUCUCCUGUUCUGGUCAUUCAUGGCACCGAGGAUGAAGUCAUAAAUUUUAGUCAUGGUCUGGCGAUCUACGAAAGAUGUCCACGAGCAGUGGAACCACUAUGGGUUGAGGGUGCUGGCCACAACGAUGUGGAAUUGUACAAUCAAUACCUCGAACGACUGAAGCAAUUCGUAAGCGUAGAAUUGGUAAACUGACGGCGACUCAGCCUCUCCCAGAGCCAGGGGGGACAGGGAGGGGACCACAUGCACGCGAGCAGUCAAGGACGUACCGUUUCCAACAAUUCUAACACCGUCAGCUCCAUUUCGACAAGCUCUCCAACGGAGAAGCUUGUCUAGCAGUCGCCUCCCACAGGGGAGAAGACACCUGUCCUUCCCUGUGACGAAGAAUCAUCCUUCGCCUCUGUAGAUGAUGUAUUCUUCUUCUGCGAGCAGCAGCAGGCUGUAAAUCAGGAUACCUAUCGCUCAGACUCGUUCAAAAAAACGCGUUCCAAAGAGGAGAAUCCAAAUCCAAAUGAGGGUAACGCGAAAAAGUCUAACGUAAGAUCGGAGAGUAAAAGCU